ACUCUAUACGGACACAAAAACGAAAAAAAGAGUCCGAUAGAGAGAGAAAGUAGAGAGAGAAAGAAGAGAGACAGUAUCGGGGGAGCGAUCAGAGCGAGAGAGAGGGCUCUUCCAAUCUCUGAUUCAGGACUGCGCGCAGAUUUUUAGAGAGAGAAAGUCCGGUGAAACCGAAAUGCAGAGCGAUUUCAAGAGAGAGAGAGCGAAUAGAAGAACAACGGGUCAAGAAGAAGAAGAAGCUACAUUGAUUCCGACGAACAAGUCUCUGUAAACACUCUUCCUGAAUCUGUUUUUACAAUAGGUUCUUUCAUACUCUCCAAACAAGGUCAGGCUACCCAUUUUUUCUCUCUCUAUAUAAGCUCGUAUUUUUUCCCUCUGGAAGCUUGAAUCUCUGUUGUUCAAUUUCAAUUGUCUGUAAAUAUUCGAACGUUUCACUGAAAACUGCAAGUUCUAUUCCUUUGUAAUUCUGUUGCAUAUGAGUUGGUUGAGGUUUCUGGGUGAAUCAUUGAUAGUUCUAGCCUAUCGAAUUUCGAAAGAAUUGAGGUUUACUUGGGAUCACGGAAAGGUAUCUUUUCAUGGGUUUUGGAGUUUCUGCUUGAACAUGGAGGGUUUUCUUAUAUCUUACUUGUGAUUAGAAUUGGUGCUUGAGUUUGUUGGAUUGGAGUUUAAAACUUAUGAUAUUGAAUUUUGGAGGGAGAGUUAGUUGGGAUUGGGAUCUCUGGUCUUGGUCCUCGUGGGCUUAACCCCUCCAAUUUUCCCACGCUUGAUUGGUUUUUGAAGAUGUGUUUUGGGUUAGCAUUGUUGGGGUUGCCUGUAGAGGGAUUAAACCUUGUUUGGAAGACAGGUUUUGGAAACAGAGCAAAACCCUAGUUUAGAAGUGAAAUAGGAGUCUUCUGUUUUGUGUUUGGAGCUGUGGAACUUGAUGAUCCUUCUUUUGGUUUAUGGAUUUUAUGUCUUGAGAAAUGCAACCACGACAUCAGAACUCACGUAUCAAUCUUGCUGAACUGAAAGCUCAAAUAAUUAAAAAACUUGGGCCGGAGGGAUCAAUGCAAUAUUUUUAUUAUCUGAAUAGAUUACUGAGUUUGAAGAUAAGCAAGGUUGAGUUUAAUAAGCUUUGUCUUCAGAUUGUUGGAAGAGAGAACAUUCCACUGCAUAAUCAGUUUGUUCGUUCAAUUCUGAAAAAUGCUUGUAAUGCAAAAGUGCCACCACCAAUUCAUGAUAAAAAUCCUGUCAAGUCUGCAAGAGCAGCUGCGAAUAAAGAUCCUCCUCCUGAUGGGCAUCAGCAAAAUGGGUCCCAUCCUUCUAUAACCCAGACUCCAAAUUCGGUGGUUUUGUUGAAUGGGGAUAUAUUGCCAUUGUCACCCCUGAAAGCCAGGUCUGCAAUUCAUGACCAGAAGCUAGUAGAUCGUCAUAGUCCUCUUGGACCAAAUGGGAAGACAACCUUUGCUUCUCAACAAUCAACAACCAUAUGUGACAGCGAUUCUAAUGUUGUUUUGGGAAAUGGGAACUUGAUUUCAAAUGAUAUUCAAAGCCUGGUGCAGCAUCAUCAAGAAAUCACAAAGCAAGCAGAGAAUGCAAGGGAAGUUAUGCAUCAGCUCCCUGCUAAAUCAUCAGAAAUAAAGACAUCACCUGAUAAUUCAGUUCCUGUACAUAGUAAAGACCAGAUUGAAGUAUUUGUUGGCAAUGAAAAAGAGGUGUCUGCUAGAAGUCUAGUCUGCGCCCCACUUGGGAUUCCAUUUUGCCCGGUUAGUAUAGGUGCGGCCGGCAGGGUCAUACCUUUGGCAAGCAGUGGUAAAUGUCCUAGCUCAUUUGAAAGUAAUAGUUUGUUGAAGACCAAGACGCUGAGGGAACGCAUGGAGCUGAUUGCUACAACUCAAGGCCUCGAAGGAGUGUCGAUGGGCUGUGCCGAUCUGUUGAAUAAUGGGUUGGAUGCUUACUUGAAGGGUUUAAUUAGGUCUUGCAUUGAAUUGGCGGGGGCAAGGUCAGCACAUGAGCCUUUGCCGAAAAAUAUUCUCAAGCAUCGCUCUGAUGGGAAGCUUGUUAACGGUGUCACAUCGGUUUAUCACUAUCAGAUGCAAAAUAGUGGCAUGCCAUUGCAAGGCAUACAAGAACAGAGAUCCCAUUGUCCAAUAUCUUUGCUAGAUUUUAAGACUGCAAUGGAGCUAGACCCAAAGCAGCUUGGUGAAGACUGGCCAUUACUGAUGGAAAAAAUAUGUACUCAUGCAUUUGAGGAAUAACACAGCGGGAGCAAACAUUGGUGUCCAGCAGUCAUGACUGGCUGUUCGCUAUUGGUCCAGAAGGCAUGUCUGCUUUGUUUAAGCACCUGUGGGUGGCUUUGAUGUAGUUAUAUCUCUUUCAUGGCCUUCUUGGACCAGUUCAUUAUCCUUGAGGUGAAAGAAGGAACUGGGGAGAUGCAUUCUGUGUUUUGAAUUAUAUCAUGGAUAUUCUCUUUGAUUCUUGAUGUAUAAUGCUGAUAUAGUUCUUUGGGAAUUUAAAUUUUCUACAUUGAUAUGGUCAUUGUAACAAGGGUGUUUGAGAAGGUUCUUUCCCUUCCAUGGUUUUAGUUGUUGUUGUAUCCCUUGUUGUUUCAAAUGUAUUAUUUUUAGAUGGUGCAGACAAAAUUUAUUGCACAAUAUAUCAAUUUUAAAGUUACACAUAAUGUUGAGUGCUUACCUUGUAAUUUACUUGUAUUCAUGAUUUUUUUUUUUUUUUUUUAUUAAACUUGGCAAAUAACUCACACACCCACGGUGCCUCUACGGAGACUUGAACCGCAACCUUUCACUUUGGAAGGUGAGGAUAUACCACUAGGCUUUGGUGGUAUAUAAUGAUUUGACUCAUGUGCAUUUGUGAUGUAACAAUAUUGUUUGCACACUUAAUAAUAUCAGCCAACACACUUUUUGAGCAGUUGAUGCCAAAAAUCAGUUGUCUUGAAAUGUCUUUCCAUCAUACUUUAUUUGUUAUUUUUUUGUUGAUGGGUCACUCCCUUGUCACUCGAAUGAUAUCUCCUUAAACUUCAGUAUAUGAUGUUUUUCAA